AUGAGCGACCCCGAGGUAGAUUCUGAUCCGGACUGGGCCACGUCGGUAGCGUUGGCCACAUCCCUGGAGGCCGCGGACAAGGCGUCGGAGGCGCACCGACGGGCUUUCAUGUCGCUGCGCUCGCCUUCUCCUUCGCGGGACAGUACCUCAGGGAUGCCCCUUGCGCGUACCAACAACCCGGUGUCUCGUGGGAAGUCCAUUGCGCGCGCUUCCGUUGUUGCCAUUCGCAAUUGCUAUGCGCCCUUGUCGUCGUCGGGGGGCGGCCGUUGCAAAACGUCGUGCGUCGGUCACUGCGCGAGGACGGGGCGCAAGGUUCCCGGGAAUGCGUUCCCUCUCGACCCGGGGACGACUUCCUCGCCGGUGCGGGCCGGGGUGCCGCUGACGUCGCCGCCGACGGACGUGAAGUAUAAUAAGCAGCAGAUCAGCGGCAUGGCCACCGCUCAGAAGGCUACGCUGCGGAUGGUUGACGAAUUGAAGCAAUUCCAGGCCAACGCCCGGAGGGCAGUGGCGUACGCCGAACGCUGCGAGGCGGGGUCGGCCCGUGCCAAGCACGACGCCGCUCGCCAGUUCCGCGACAUGAACGAGCAGGAGGAGCUGUGCUCCCUCUCGCGCACCCGCGUCGCCAUCGAAACCAAGAACGGGGACAUGAUGGCUAAGCUCUCGAUGCUCAAGGCACAGCACCACGCCCUGGCGGACGGGGUAACGGAAGCCCGCGGCAAGCGUGAGCCCAAGGUGCGCGAGGCCCGUGAGGCUGUGGACGCGUGGAACGCCAAGGUGGCGGAGGCUUCGGCCCGGAAGCUGCAAUACAGGGACCUGCACACGGAGGCGGUGCUGAAGGCGGAAGCGAUCCUGGAGGCUGACGGUCGCUUGCUGCGCUCGACGAGGGUCUUCCAGCCACAGCGGCUGAAGUUCUCAAGCAGAAGGCAGCUCGGGAGCGCCAGGCGCACGAGGAUGCAGCUCUCCUCAAGGAAGCCGGCGAGAAAGCGGAGCCGUCGGGCGGACACGGCGGUGAGACAUUCCACCGCGGUGGGGGUGGCAGCCGGGGUGGACAGGGUGGUCGCCGUGGCAACGGGCACCAUGGACAGGGCCGUGGAGGCGGCCCUAGCAACUACCGUGGCAACAGCCGGUCGGGCUCGGACUCUGGUAGUGACUACCAGAAUGCUCGGGCCUCCGGACACGGCCGCGCCAAAUAACCACGCAACGGCGGGGACUAUCUAUGGUUCCGAUGCCAGCGACGGCGGGUCUGCCGGGCGUGGGAGUGGCCGCGGAGGCGCGGGUGGUGGCUACCAAGGGGGGGG